AUGAUUUUCUACAUUCUAUUCUUUAUUGUUUCCACCGUCCAGGCCAUCGCUCCGCGAAAUAUUCCAAGCCAAAUCGGAAAUUCUGGAAACGAUCUCACAAACCAGCUCGGCUAUCAAACCCAUGUUGCACUGAGACGCGUUGGAGAACUCGAAAAAUCGAUUGGAGAUGGCGUCGGUCAAUUCGGAGAAACCGGAGGAAGGGCAGCGGUUGAAUUGGCCGAAUCAUUUGGCAAGACUGUCAGAGAUGUGCCAAAUGGAAUUGGCGAGGUUGUUAAUGGAGUCGUCACUGGAAAUCGUCGAGGAAAACGAGAAGCAGUGGAUCAACUCUCUGAUUUGACUCCAGUUCAGGAGUAUUUCGUGUUGUUCAUCGUCUACAAGAACUUCGUUCAAACUGGUGAAAACUUUUGCGCAAUUCACCAAGUUAUCAAACAUCUUGCCAACCGUGUUCCCGAACUUCACCAAUACAUCACCAUAAUCGCCGAAAUUCUGAAGGCUUACUUCGGUACAUCACACCAAUUCUGCGAGAAUCCAGCCGAUUCCGCCGACGCUAUUCAAAACGCUAUCAAAGAGGCAUUAAAAAUGUAUCCCAACUAA